UGUGAACUCGCCCAAGCCUUCCCGUAAAACUCAACAAGUUUAGAAUAUAUUUUUUAAAAAGUUAUUGAAGGAAUAUAUUUGGGAACUUGAUUGAUAUUUUCAAAAUAAGCUAAGCGGCCCGAAUGAAACAAUAAUUAGUCGGUCCAAUAGGCUUAGUAGGCCCACUAUUUGGGACUUUAAACCACAGUAUAUCCAGCCCAACCUUGUUGUCACGUUUCCGUCUUUUGCAAUAAGAAAAAGAAAAAAAAAAAAAAAAAAAGGCCCUCUGAAUGCAGAAGGAUGCUCGGUCCCUGCCAACACGUCGCAUAAAGCUUUACCCCGUAGCUUGGUCAUGCUGAUGCAGAGAAAUCAGCAACCAUUAUAAUUUUCAUUUAUCAAAGCUGGAUUGGAGCUCUAGUUUCAUCGUACAUGCUGCCGAAAACCAAAAAAUCUAAAGAAAAAAAAAGUAGAGAAAAAUGCCUCAGGUGAAGAUUAUCGCGAAGAAUUUCAUGGACAUGGUGGCUUCAUUGCCUGCUAUUAAGCUCGACAUACUUUAUCAUAAUCAAUUCAUUUGCGAAGCCAUUCUCAGGUCGAUGCCGCCUCUGGCGAAGAAAUACGUGUUACAAAUGUUAUACAUUGAUGUUCCGAUGACAUUCAAGUCGUUGCAGGAGUGGGUGCUUGCCGAUGGAUCCUCUAAGCACCAAGUUGCGAUCGAUCGGUUGAUUCAAUUAAGAGUAUUGGAAGUAAUCGAUAGGAAGAAGGAAACCACUUACAAGUUAAAACCCACAUUUCAGACUAAUCUCCGGAAACAUUUGAUAUAUGGUGGGAUUUUGUCUAGAGAACCAAUGCCUUCAAAUGUUGUUGCUAGACUCCCAACCUUGGAGGAACUUGAUGCUUAUGCACAUGAGCAAUGGGAGUGUUUCUUGCUGCAACUUAUAAGUUCAGGACAAGCUGAAAGAUCGUCAAGCUUCAGCUCUUCCAUGAUGAGAAUUUUUCAGCGUGGUCUGCUACGUCAGAGAGACAAAGAAGCUCCGAGGUUAACUGAGAGUGGUUUCCAGUUCUUGCUGAUGGAUACAAACGCUCAGCUUUGGUAUAUUAUCAGAGAAUAUAUCUCCAAUUCAGAGGCAUAUAAUUUAAAUACUCUAGCGGAUGACCAGGAGGCUAUGAUCAAGGACCUUGCAGACUUGGGAUUGGUCAAACUUCAGCAGGGAAGGAGAGAGAGGUGGUUUAUACCUACUAAAUUAGCCACAAAUCUUUCAGUGAGCUUAACAGAUUCAUCAUCAAGGAAACAGGGAUUUGUUGUUGUGGAAACAAACUUUAGGAUGUAUGCAUACUCGUCAUCUAAGUUACACUGUGAAAUUUUACGUCUAUUUUCAAGGGUAGAGUAUCAACUUCCAAACCUCAUAGUUGGCGCAAUAACAAAAGAAAGCCUGUACAAUGCUUUUGAAAAUGGAAUUACAGCUGAGCAGAUAAUUACGUUCCUCCAGCAGAAUGCACAUCCUCGAGUUGCUGAGAAACUACCAUCUGUACCCGAAAAUGUCACAGAUCAGAUAAGAUUGUGGGAAACUGAUUUAAAUAGAGUUGAGAUGACCCCUGCUCAUUUUUAUGAUGAAUUUUCUUCGAGGGACAUCUUUGAGUCUGCUUCUGACUUUGCCCGAGUGCAUGGUGGUUUACUAUGGGAGGAUGCUAAAAAAAUGCAAAUGGCUGUCAAGGCAGAGAUUCAUAUGCUUAUGCGAGAGCAUCUUCGCGGAAACAAGUAGAGAUUGUAUAUCAUCCAAUCUCCUGAUAAUGCACACUGAACGAGAUCGUUCAAAGUUUUGCUAGCGAGAUGGCUGCUAGGAAUCUUCACUUGCAGUGUGGGUUGUAAUUGAAAUUCCAUUUGGUUGGAAGCUGUCAACCUGAAUCUGUCUUGGUAUGAAUAAGAUAGGGGCAGAGGAACAACUAUUUCUUAACUGAAAUCCAAGGCUGACAGGCCCCAUUCUUUGUCACUGAAGCCAGAGGUAGGGGAAGCACCCUGUAUUUAUUUGUGGAGAUUUUGACAAAAUCACCUGCCAAUAUAUACUUAACUGUGUGAUAUAUCGAAAUCAAUAUAUAGUAGAAUAAAAAUCAA